AUGGCCAUUGGAACAUCCGGGGCUGUAGUUGGGACUUCAGGGGAACAUCAGUUAAAUGGCCAUUGGAACAUCCGGGGCUGUAGUUGGGACUUCAGUUUAAUGGCCAUUGGAACAUCCGGGGCUGUAGUUGGGACUUCAGGGGAACAUCAGUUUAAUGGCCAUUGGAACAUCCGGGGCUGUAGUUGGGACUUCAGUUUAAUGGCCAUUGGAACAUCCGGGGCUGUAGUUGGGACUUCAGGGGAACAUCAGUUUAAUGGCCAUUGGAACAUCCGGGGCUGUAGUUGGGACUUCAGUUUAAUGGCCAUUGGAACAUCCGGGGCUGUAGUUGGGACUUCAGGGGAACAUCAGUUUAAUGGCCAUUGGAACAUCCGGGGCUGUAGUUGGGACUUCAGUUUAAUGGCCAUUGGAACAUCCGGGGCUGUAGUUGGGACUUCAGGGGAACAUCAGUUUAAUGGCCAUUGGAACAUCCGGGGCUGUAGUUGGGACUUCAGUUUAAUGGCCAUUGGAACAUCCGGGGCUGUAGUUGGGACUUCAGCAAAUCCGCGAGAUAUCAAGCGGUUAUCCGCCACCCUACCUGGUUUAUGUAGGAAAAAUACAAUUAGAUAUGGGAGAGCACAUGUUAAGACACAUCAGAUCAUGUGGUGCUGA